AUGGGCGACAAUUCGUCUAUCCGAAUCACGCAUCCACCAUUACCGGGUGCAGAUGAGAAAAGAGAUACUGAUGGUACCGAACUGUCCGGUGACGAAGUGACUCCGUCAUCUGCGGAGGAUGGAUUGGAGGAGAAGCCACCAGAAGACGUCCCACCAGAUGGCGGGUAUGGCUGGGUGUGUGUUGCUUGUGCAGCUUUCAUCAACGGAAAUACAUGGGGAGUUAACAGUUCUUACGGUGUCUUCUUGUCCCACUAUCUCUCUAACGAUAUAUUCCCCAAUAUGAGCGCAAUCGGAUACGCCUUCACCGGCGGCCUAAGCAUGUCUUGCGCCCUCUUAAUAUCACCUUUGGUCACCCACCUGAUACACCUUUUCGGCAAUCGAACAAUUCUGAAUAUAGGGGUCUGCCUGCAAACUAUCUCGUUCAUCGGAGCAUCAUUUGCCAAAGAGCAGUGGCAUUUAUUCUUAAGUCAGGGCGUAUGCUUUGGUGUGGGAAUGGGGUGUAUUUUCAUUGGAUCUGUUGGGAUCACCCCGCAGUGGUUCCUGAAGAAACGAAGUGUUGCAAACGCAAUCGCUGCCGCUGGCUCGGGGAUGGGAGGACUUGCGUACUCCUUAGGAGCCGGCGCGAUGAUCCCCCGUCUUGGAUUGGCCUGGGCUUUCCGUGUUCUUGGAAUCACCACGUUCAGCAUCAAUAUAGUCGCGUGCAAUCUGCUGAGAGACCGGAAUAAGGCCGUAGGAAGCCGUUAUCGCGCAUUUCAUUUUCCACUACUGAAGCGGCCCGAGUUUCUGCUGCUUCAAGCUUGGGGCAUUUUCAGCUUGCUUGGCUACGUCGUGCUUAUCUUCAGUCUUCCCAAUUUCGCACUCUCUAUUGGCCUUUCUCCGCAUCAAGGGAGUAUUGUCGGCGCCCUUCUCAAUUUGGGACAAGGCCUAGGCAGACCUGUAAUAGGUCUCAUCAGUGACCGUUUUGGGAGGAUCAACAUGGCCACUGUUUUCACAUUCUUCUGUGGCCUUCUUUGCUUCGCCGUCUGGAUUCCGUCUCUCAACAUGGGAGUGCUAUGUUUUUUUGCCAUAAUCGUGGGCACUGUUGCAGGAACUUUCUGGACCACUGUCGUUCCCGUCUGUGCAGAAGUAAUCGGGAUGCAAGAAUUACCAGCCGGGCUUAGUAUAUCUUGGGUGCUCAUUGUGCCGCCGACGACGGUGUCAGAACCAAUCGCCGUUUUGCUAAAGGACGACUCUAAAAAACAGUGGGUCUACCUCUAUGCGCAGAUAUUCACAGGCCUGGUAUACAUCGUGGCGGGUAUUAGCAUAUGGCUCGUCCGUGGCUGGAAAAUUGGUCAGGUAGAAAUAGCAGCGAAGAAGAGAGCCGUAGCCCUUGCAGCUGGCACUUCUGCAACACUGAAAAGCCGUCAUCCAGACACAAACACCCCGGCGGUUCCUGAGAACCAGCUUUCGCCCGAUAGAGAUGCUUCAAGCCACCCUAAUGAGCAUACUAUUUCUGCUCUGCCGUCUCCGCCUUCACCUGAGAUAGACACCCGGGUUUGGUCUCCGGUUCAUUUGCUGCGCAGGAUGAUGGUCCGUGGCCAUGUUUGA